AAAAGAAAGAGGAACUAAUUUCUCAUUUCUCAUACUAUUAUAUUUUCCGAAUGUAACAAAAAUAAAAAUCUGUAAAUAUUGGGCUAGAGCAGAGUAUUUAUAUCACCCACGAGCUUUGCUUCUUCUUCCUCCUUCAUCACAUCUCCUUCUCUUUCUGUUCUCUUUCCGGAGACAUUUGUAAAUCUCAUCAUCAUUAUAUCAUCAAUUCACAAUUUACUCGAACAAAGCCUUGAGAAAAAAUGAUCCAAGAGAAGAAGAAACACAGAUUAGUGUCUUUUCAGUGAAAAAUCAUAGUUAAAUCUUUAAUGGUCAGACCAAACAAGCAAGAACCACGUGUCUCUGCUACUUAUAUCCGAUCUCUCGUGAAGCAACAACUUACUUCUUCCACCACUAUGACCACCACAACCACUGAUGGAAGCGGCGGCGGCAAAACGCAAACGCAAACGCAGACGCACAAGAAACAAGUGAGGAGGCGACUUCACACAAGCCGUCCUUAUCAAGAACGUCUUCUCAACAUGGCUGAAGCUCGUCGAGAAAUCGUCACCGCUUUAAAACAACAUCGUGCUUCCAUGAGACAAGCCACGAGGAUUCCACCGCCUCAACCACCGCCACCGCCACCACCUCAGCCUCUAAAUCCUCCGGAUCCAUUUUCUUGGACGAAUCCAUCUCUCAACUUCCUCCUCCCUAAUCAACCCUUAGGGUUAAACCUAAAUUUUCAAGAUUUCAACGACUUCAUCCAAACCUCAUCAACAACAUCUUCAUCAUCAUCGUCCUCCACUUCAUCUUCCUCAUCGUCGAUUUUUCCGACGAAUCCUCAUAUCUACUCUUCCCCUUCACCUCCUCCCACCUUCACCACCGCCAAUUCAGAUUCAGCUCCUCAACCACCGUCUUCCUCCAAUGGAGAGAACAACGUGAUAACGUCAGCUUGGUGGUCAGAGCUCAUGAUGAAGACGGUGGAGCCGGAGAUUAAACCGGAGACGGAAGAAGUCGCCGCAGUCGAAGAUGACGUGUUUCCAAAGCUAAGUGACGUCAUGGAAUUCCCUUCGUGGUUAAAUCAAACAGAAGAAGAAUUAUUUCAUCCUUAUAAUCUCACUGAUAAUUACUCUUCUCCUCAUAAUCCUCCAUUAUCCUGUAUGGAGAUUGGAGAAAUUGAAGGUAUGGAUGGAGACGACUGGUUUGCUUGAACCACAAAGAUUGAUUACUGUUUUUUUUUUUCAGACAUGAUGAAUCAACUCUUUGGUUCUUUUCUUAUUUUUACCUUAUUUUUAUUUGUUUUCUUUAUAAAAUUCUCUUUUUGUUCGGAGACGUUUUCAAUCUUUGAAAUAACAAGAAGCCUGCGGAGAAAAAAAUGUUCGAUUUGGCAAAGUCACAUGAAUGCAAUAAACUUCAAUUUUCUCUGA